CUUAUUAUCAGAUCAUAUCACAAUCAUGCAGCAGACACACAGCUACACUUAUAAUUCAGUGCAAUCUGCAUGUGUGUGUUAUCCCUAGAGAUGCUGAGCCAUGCGUAUGAUUGUGGAGAUGUGCGCUCUGCACCUGAAGUCUUCACUCGAGACUUGGAGAAAUGUUUUGGAGUUAUGAGUGAAUGAUGGGUCAAAAUGCAAGCUACACUGAAUACGGGUCAUGGAAAAUCUAGAAAACUCGACAGAUUGCAAGGAGACUGUGUCUCCACUAAACAAUUCAGGGUCUUUACUGAACCGCACCGUCUCCCGUAGUGAUGGCGAAGCUAUGGGGUUUGUGCUGGUGCAUGCAGGGGCAGGGUAUCAUUCAGAAUCCAAAGCCAAGGAAUACAAACAUGUGUGCAAGAGAGCUUGCCAGAGAGCUGUGGACAGGCUCAGAGCUGGAGGAAUGGCGCUAGAGGCCGUGACAGCAGCUCUUAUCGAGCUAGAGGACUCCCCGUUCACCAAUGCGGGUACCGGUUCCAACCUGAACCUCUCAGGUGAGAUUGAGUGUGAUGCCAGCAUCAUGGAUGGGAAGUCCUUAAACUACGGAGCUGUUGGAGCCUUGAGUGGAAUCAAGAACCCGGUGCUGGUAGCCAGAAGACUAUUAAGUGAAACUCAGAAGGGGAAGCUUUCAGCUGGCAGGAUCCCUCCCUGUUUUUUAGUGGGCAAAGGAGCAGAACAAUGGGCCAUCAGCCAUGGUAUUCCGGCAUGCCCUACAGAGAAGAUGACCACCAAGUUCAGUUUGUCAGGCUACAAGAGGAACAAGAGGAAGAUGGAGCUGGCGGAGCAGGUUGAGACGAAGAGGAAAAGACAAUCAUGUGAACAUGAGAAUGAUUUUGGCUGCUUGGAACCUGUAGGAGACUUUAUGGUGGAAGGUGAGGAGAAUAACUCGGCCUGUCUGGACACGGUUGGUGCGGUUGUGGUGGAUCGGGAAGGGAAUGUGGCGGCUGCAGUUUCCAGCGGAGGUCUGGCCAUGAAACACCCGGGUCGGGUGGGACAGGCUGCUCACUAUGGUUGUGGCUGCUGGGCUGAAAACGCCCGUGACAUCAGCCUUUACUCUACAGCUGUGAGUACCUCAGGCUCUGGAGAGCAUCUGAUUCGCACCAUGUUGGCCAGAGAGUGCUCUACUGCCAUGCAGGCUGAAAAUGCACACCAGGCCCUACUGGAGGCUAUGCAAAACAAAUUCAUCAGUUCGCCGUUCCUGGCUGGCGAAGACUGUGUUCUGGGUGGGGUGAUCGUUCUGAGGUGCUGCACAUGUGGAGAAGCCCAGCGCUCUGAAGACAUCCAGGCUCUGCUGGUGGAGUUUCUAUGGAGCCAUACAACAGAGAGCAUGUGUGUGGGAUACAUGUCUGCCCAGGACAGUAAAGCCAGGACUCACAUAUCCAGACUUCCUCCUGGGGCAGUGGCCGGACAGUCACUGGCAAUCGAGGGUGGAGUUUGUCGACUCGGGACCAUGAGUGACUGAAGCGGUGUGAAAUCACCCUCUAUUUCUGCAGCAAUAUGCCAGCGCCGGGAUCUUUAUAGCAAGAGCUUGACGUUGUGUCAUUGUAGGACACAAUCAUAAAGGGACAAAAAGGUUGCAAUAUGUCUCACAAUAAUUCCCAAUAUUAUUAUUUAUUCAAUCCUUUUAUUAAACCUACCAUACAACUUUCGAACAAU